CUGCUGUAGCAUUGCAAAGUAUUUACAUGCCAACUAUGCUAAACAUUUGUAUGUCCCUUCAUGUUUUGACCACCAUUCCAUGAGCUCUGUAGGAAAACAUCAAAAAAAAUUUAUAAUACACUUAAAUUGGUAUUCUAUUAUUGUUUAACAGAGCGUGAUUAAUUUAAGUUGAGUUAAUUUGUUUUGCGUUAAUUGCUUGAGUUAACUGUGAUUAAUUGAUAGCUAUAAUUCAAAUACAUGAAUGUACUGUAAAUGUGGAUUCAUUCAGUCUAUAACCUUUCAAGGCUUUUAGGCCUUGGGCAUGAUGGAAUACACAUUUAAUGCAAAACUUAAACCUGUCUUUGUCUUCAUUUUCACUGUCCAUUUUGCCUUCCAAUUUAUGUGAUUAGAAGUGAAAAGAGGCGGGAUUUAUUUUUGUCUCUUUUUCAAAAGCAGGAUUGAGCCACUAAACACAACAGAGGUAAGAAGCUAGAUAAUCAUGUGUAUGUCAGAAGAUAUGAGAGAACUGCACAUCUAAUCAGUGACAACUCUUGUCAAACUUGUCAAUCCCCAACUGAGCAAAUUUUUGCCACUGUAAUUGGCAGCAUCACAUACUCUUAUUACUGUGUUUUGUUAAGCAUGUGGCAAAGCAACAAAACAGUAUUGCAUUAUAGUUCGUAAAAGAGUGCAAAGCUACAGUAAAAUGAGUCUUUCAAGUGCUUGCAGUACCUACUUCCAAGACUCUUUGGGAAUAAGAACUAGCUAUAGGGGAAUUGGCAAUGGUCAGUCUAUUCACAGAUCCUGUCACAAAAAUCCCCACCUACCCAGAAGCAAGAGGUAGAGAGAGAAAAGACAGUUCUUUCUAUUAACAGCACAGCAUGUUAAUGAAUUUAAAAAAUAAGAGGUGGAGGGACAGCAGAGGUGAGGAUGCUAAUAGCUGCCAUAGUCCUAUAACAUUGGCUAGGGCUCCAGUUCUUUAGAACAAAUGUUCAAAGACCAGGGCUAUCCUCUAAAACUGUUGGUAGCUCUGAUUCAGGGCGUCCCUUUUAAAAUAAAGUAGUAUCCUGCUCUGGAAAGAUUGCUGUUUAUCAAUGAGAGUGCUAUAUCUGUUUAACAUAGGCUCUAUCACCUACUAGGACAAUAUUCUAUGCACAGAGGGGUGGAUUUGAAAAAACAAAAACUUACUGGAGCAUCAUCUCUAACUCCUGUGAUCCUUUAUACAUGGAGGCGCACGUUGCUGUAUAAAAGUUAACUGGUUCGUAAUUCCUUAUUUCUGUUGUAAAUAACUUUAAUUUUAAUAAAAUACGGGACACCACACUGGAGUGAAAAGCAGGGCGCUGUGGGACUCGGAUGACUGAUGCCCCUGGCAAUGAGGUAAGGUUGAGAAGGUGCAACUGCUGAAUAAUGAUUUGUUUUCAAAAUAACUGUUUGAUUCUCAUUAACGGUAGAAAUCUACUAGUCCUGUGUUUGUCAGAGUUUAUUUAAACGAGAGCACCCCUCAAGUGUCAUCACGGGGCUAGGCAGGUGGCAAAUGUUAAGUACUGCUAACAAUCUCGCCCCGGCUCCCUUUCUCAGGCAGCAGCGAUCCUUUCCUCUCUCCCUGGGAGAGGCGUGGUGGUGACAGCGCUGGAGCAUGGCCAUUGCUCUCCUGCGAAGGGAGGCGAAGCGACGCGCUUGGCUGGGCGGUGAGCCGGAGGAAUCCAGUCCGGGUUUUGGGGCAGAGGACUAACUGGCUGCCUGCAAGGAGCGGCGAGUAAAGCAGGAACGCACCGCUGCCGACAGCUGGGGCAGAGCAGAGGGGACGGGCAGGCCCGCGCCGAGGGCAGCGGGAGCAGGCAGGCAGCAUUAAGCGUGACAUGACCUUCACUACAUUUCAACAGGAUGACCUAAAAAACGACUUCAGUCAAAAAUUACCAGACCAACAAUUUCUCCUGUUGGCCAUGAGGGAGGAAGAUUUAAAAACUGCAGACACCAAAAAACCAAACAGAAUUCAUGAGCAUGAAAAAGAAAACACUCGUUCUGUCUGUCUUCUUGAACAGAAGCGUAAGGUUGUUUCUUCAAAUAUUGAUGUGCCUCCAGUAAGAAAAUCUUCAGAAGAACUGGACAUGGAUAAAGUGACAGCAGCUAUGGUACUAACCAGUUUAUCCACCAGCCCUUUGGUUCACAGCCCUCCUGUACGGCCCAAUGAAUCCCUGAAUGGAUCUUGGAAAGAAGGAGGAUUUGUGCCUUCUAGUACCAGCAGUAGUGGAUACUGGAGCUGGAGUGCACCCAGUGAUCAGUCCAAUCCAUCCACCCCAUCUCCGCCUCUGUCUGCUGAUAGCUUCAAACCCUUUCGAAUGCCCUCUCAGCCAGAUGAUAGUAUUGAUGAAGCUGAAACCAGUAAUCUCCUUUUUGACGAGCCCAUCCCUCGGAAGAGAAAGAACUCCAUGAAGGUAAUGUUCAAAUGCCUAUGGAAAAACUGUGGAAAGGUACUGAGCACAGCUGCAGGGAUUCAGAAACACAUCCGGACCAUUCAUCUUGGACGUGUAGGAGAGUCUGACUACAGUGAUGGAGAGGAAGAUUUUUACUACACAGAGAUCAGGCUCAACACAGACUCAGUAGCGGAUGGCUUAAGCAGCCUUUCUCCAGUCUCUCCAUCUCUAGGAUCUCCUCCUCCUUUCCCCACCCAAGAUGCAAACCGUCCUGAAACUUCAUGUGCCAAAACUGAGACUAAAUUGAUGACGCCUCUGAGCCGCUCAGCUCCUACCAAUCUCUACCUCAUACACACGGAUCAUGCUUACCAGGCCACUCCUCCAGUGAACAUUCCAGGGUCAACAAAGUUCACUCCCAAUGGCCGUAGCUUUAGCGUCUCUUGGCAGUCACCUCCAGUUACCUUCACGGGCAUUCCGGUCUCACCAACUCAUAAUCGUCCUGCAGGGACUGGAGAGCUGAAACAACAGAUCCACACAGUUCUCUCAUCACCGCCCAGAGUGUCAUUUGGCUUAAGGAAACCUAGAGGGGAGGGGAAAAAAUGCCGAAAAGUGUAUGGGAUGGAGAACCGAGAUAUGUGGUGUACUGCCUGCCGUUGGAAGAAAGCCUGCCAAAGGUUCGUCGACUAAAGACUGGAAGCAUGGAGGACCCAAGGGAUGUGAAGUACAAUAGCAGGAUCUUGUUGCUGCAGCUGCCCCUGCCUAUCCUCCAGUGCUGCCUUUUAAACAGACUUGUAUUUCAAAACAAAGCACUUGUAGCCAAGGAGAAGCACUUAGCAAAACCAGUGUGGAGCAAUAGAGCAAAAAGUCUUAUCAAGUAUUGAACCCGGAGCAGCUAUUAAUGUUUUUCUUAAAACAAAAAAUAACUUGUUGCUAACUCUGAACUACUUGCUCCCCAUGACUGUUUUUUUAACAGUGUCAAUGUCUAUGCUGUGAACGUCUGUAUCAGUUGAACCAAGCACCGCAUCUUGCCCUGAAAUGAAGAUUUCUUUUCAAAAGCCUAAUUAACAUGUUAAGACAUAUAAGUGACAGUUCACUCAACAGCAGCCAUACCAAGAGUGGAACCUGUUAAAUAAGUCUGCUGAUGUGAAUGAUCUUGGUUGGAUCCCUCAUUUUCGGGUGUUUUUUUGAGGAUUUCAAAUCUUAAUAUGUCAGAAGGACUCCUGGAUGAUUUUUUAAAAGCAGUCACAAACCAGAACAAAAGAGUGGAGCUAAGUUUUAAAUUAGACUGUAAUACUCCAGAGACAGAAAAAUGAUGGGAAAUCACCAGCAGAUCUCAGCCACAAUACAUCAUCUCUAACCAGUCCAGAAAGAAAGAUUCUACAGUCAGAAGGUAGCUGGCACUAUUUUUGAUGAUGCACAGGCUGAAGAAGAAUACAGCUCAUUCAUCCAUACCCUUGUUUACUCCACAUUGCUGACAGUAGUAAGAACUUGUUUUUGUCAAUAAACUGGUCAGAUAACACAUAAGGGAAUAGACAAAUGCAGUAACAAGCCACAGUUCAAUAGAACUGCUUUUCUAACCUUAAUCAAAUUUUAAGAAAAAAAAAUUCUGGUAAAACCUUUGCAUCCAAGUUUGAGAUAACUAUUGUAUGUUUCCCUGAGAGAAAUAAAGAAAUAAUUAUAACAUGAAAAACAAAUUAGCAGUAGAAAUAUAAAUGUAGCUUUCCUAUUAUCUGGGACAAUUCACAUCAAUCAGGAUUGCAAGAUUUUGUCCGAAUUCUUAAAAUCUAACCCAGUGCUACAAAGGAGCUCCUAAAUUACAUUUGUAAAUUCUCAAGGUUCAUCAUUGUUCCCCUCUAGGAAAUGUAAGAAUUUUGUCUUUCAUUUUACACUACUCUACUGUAGAAGAUAGGGAUAUCCCCAAGUUCUGAAUUUGUAUCCAGUCAUGUUAAGGAAGAGUUUUCCUCGCCAAUGAGUUAUUUCAAUAGCAAAUAGUAGUGCAGCAUUUGGUAUGUAAUGUUCAGAUAAACAGAAGUUACUAAGUGUACAUAGAGAAAUAUCUUGAGAAAAAUAACAAAGUUAUGUAAAUAAUAUGGAUUUCCUCAGGGAAAAUAAAAGGGCAGUAGAUGCAAAAAAUUGGUCUGUUUGAACCUACAAUUACUAAGAAUUUUAAUAUGUAUUUUAUUUUAUUUUUCUGGAUAGAAUUAUUUAAUGAAAUAAGGACUAUAUUACCAUUUGAAUUAUUAAAAUGAGAAAUGAGUGCUUAUUUGUGAUUUUUUCUUGCUAACACAGAGUAUUUAAGCCUGUGUGCUUCAAAUAUUAAAAAGGAAAGAGGUUUUAGCUGAUGUAAAGUUAUGGGAACAGAGUUUGAAACAUGACCUGAUACAAUAGGUGGUCUACAUAUUUGUAUAAAGCUUUCUAGAAUGUAAUGUAAACAUGAAGUCUUGUCGCUAUACAAUCACCCAGUUAAACAUGUGUUAUCUAUAACUGGAUUACUGUUCAUUUAAGUGGCUCACAACAAAAAUGUAUACUUUGUAGCAUGCUGUCCUGUAACUACUAAGUACUCUGGUUUGCAAGGUGCUAAUUUCCUUAUGGUGCACUUGAUAUUUAACUAGACCUUUUUCAUAUCUACUAGAGUACAAGCUUGAAUGAAACUCAAGAUCAUGCAUGCAAAUAAGAAAAUGCAUUUUAUUGAAAUACACACAGUUCUCAAACUUCUCCAUUUGUACAUGAAGAAGUGACCCUUUUUUUUUUUUGUUCCAUUGUAAUUUCUCCUUAUCAGAAUCUCUUUACAGAAUCUAUUAACAUCAUGACCAGGGAUCCAACUGGGCAGACAUACACUCAAGUGAGUAAAAUCAUGCAUGUGCAUAAAUAUCUGAACGUUUUAAUAAAGUUCUUAGCUUUAUGUAAUUCUCAUGUGGACACUGUUAAUGAUAGCAACUGAUCUUUCUCUCAGAGUGUAGGUACGAUAAAUCUGCAUAGCAGGGCACAUUCAAAGUUUACUAGAGGUUGAAGAGAUGUAUUUCAGUAGCAGAAAAGCACUUAUGCAGAGCACAUGAGAGUCUCACCAAUGGGAUUAUUUAUAUGCUUAGAGUCUAAAUGUGCUUGCAUGCUUUGCUGACUCAGGACCAUAGAGACAUCUUAUUCUUAUAGUCUUGUUUUGAAAUAUAUUGCAAGACAACCUGGCCAUUUGUAAUUUUGUGCUGUUUGUUGUAGAUUCAGAAAUACUUUUACACUAAGAAAAGUCUAAUUCAGAGAACUGGCUUUUUAAGACACUGUUUAGAAUUCCAACAUUGCCCUGUCCCUCUCAAACUCAAAGAAAGCCUGUCAGAACACACACAUGACACAUACAGGUCACUGAUGACAUACAGUUUGAUCUCUGCAUUGCUUAUGCGCUCAACACACCCACUGACUUCAGUAGGAAUUCUGGGUGUACAGGAAACAAACGAUCAGGCCCAUAGUUCUUAGUUUGUCGGUUCACCUAAACUUUCAAAAUGCAAAUAUGUUUGUAUCAUCAUGACUGAUGUUGUUCUGUGUAAGUUUUAGUGUUUCUAAAAAGAUCUCAUAUUUAUUCUGGCAAGGAAACAGAUAGCAGCCUUCUUUAUACGAUGCAAUACUUGCUUACUAAACAAAGGGCUAAACUAUAGAACCAAGUGCUGCAAAGCAUGCUCUUUAAAGCUAACUUAUCAAUAACAAUAGGUUAGUACAGGCAAAACUUCAGAGCUGUAACAAUGCUGGCAUUAUAUCAAUUUACUAAAAACUGUGAAACUAAACUCAGAUUCCAUGAAUGAUGCAAAAGAGUUGUUGCUUUAUACACCAACAGUGCACACACCGUAACAGAGCAGAAGAAAUAAUCCAGAACACCUGGGAGGAAGUUAGAAAUAGCGACUUUCAAGUCUUUCUGAAAGGAAAAAAUGUUGCCCUUGGUAGCAUAGAGAUAAUUUAGUCUGAAAUUAACAUUUCAGUGUCAUGAAGACAAGCCUACUUCAUGGUCAUGCAUUCCAUGUUCUGAAAAGAGAUUUUGCUUGGUCUCUUGGGGGUUUUACAAUAUUUAUAGUCUCAGUUGUAAAGUUCUUAAAAUUGUCAACUAUUUAGCUUGAAGAUGCAGUACAUUUUGACAACGAUUUCUGAAACACAGUCAUACCAGUUUGAGCCCGAUCCUACAAGGCAAUCUGCUCAGACUUCAGUGAGACCCUGUGCUAGAAAGGUCCUCAUAGAAAGAUCAUUUGCAAGCGCAUUGUUCCCAGAUAGAAACACUUCUCAUAGCUGGGGCAAUCAAAAGACAAGCCUUACAGAUGUUCUGAUACCAUGUCAUACACAGCUUUCACUAUGUUUUUUAAAGGGGCUUUGUCAUGUGGGUUAGCACCCACGAUUUAGAGAUUGUGGGGGGCAUUUAAACCAAACAAAAAACUGUUUUAGAAUUUUAAAUGGCAAUUUAAAGUAUUUGGUUUAAUUAGAUUUAUGAAUCCCCUGCAGAGCUAGCAACUCAUACAUUGCAGCACUGGGUGCUGGAAUGUCAAACUGAUUCCUUAUCAAAUUGAUUAAUAAUCUGAGGUAGCAGUUAUGGAGGGAAUGUUAAUUGUUUACAAAAAGAACAGCUCCAGAGCCAGAUGCUGCUCUUGCAGUGCAGAGCAACGAUAAAGCCAGUGGAUCCGGAUCCUGUGAAUUAUCUCUGGCUAGGGAAUCUUUGAGGUCCACAGAGCCACCAUAGCAGUUCCUGUGCCAAACCCCUUCCCCUUCUCCUUCCCCCCCCCCCCACCCCAUCUGCUUCCCGGUAUAGAAGGGAUGCAGCCAAGGGAAGGAUGUCAUGGCCAGGUAUUCCUAUACCCCCAUUAAAGCCUGGCUGACAGAAUCCCUCACAUAUGUAGCGCCACUGGCGUCAGAGACUGUCUGUAUGAGUUCAGUGAGCAGGAGCUGCACCAAAGUUUUAUGCUUUUUGUUGAGGACCAAAAACAAAUGCACCUGAAAAUGUCUGACCUGAAAACUAAUGAAAUCCAACCAGGCUGGAGAAAUGUUCUCCCUGCCUAAGGACUGCCACUUUACCAAAAUCUGUGCCAGCCUUUAUCUUGGAUGGUGUUAUAGCCUUCACAGGCCCCUGUCAGACAAAAAACUCUAUGAUGGCCUCAAUCAUCCAAUAUUGCCUAGAGGGUCCAAAUGAUAUUAGCGGUGCUGCUAACAACACACAAUCACCUAUCCACUUACUAAAUAGCAUUCUUCCAGCUUUUCCCAGUUAUGCCCCAAACCAUUCAACUACUGGAGUAAUUCGUGGGAAACCCCUGUCUUCCCACACUGAAAAUAUUCCUUAAGGAAGUGAGGUACCACCGUAGGCAUGUGAGCAUAUUUUAUUAUCAAGCCACAUCUAACCCCCACUUAAAAGUGCUGGUGAAUUGCCAUUGUGUCUGCUUAAAGUCUCUGCUCCCUCAACAAAGCUUUGGCCGUGGCACUAUUAAUUGAUCCAGGAGUCACAGUGAGCAGCUUCAUCCAAAGUCAGUGGUAGCAUCACUCCAAGAGAAAGUAGAAUUCAGGGUGAACAAAGUAACAGCCUCAAAUAAUCAAGUGCAGACUCCUCAUGUGGAUGGUGUAGGUAGGAGAAUAGCCCGUGUCUUACUGAGAUUCCAGCAUAGAGAUGUCCCACACUGAGCAAUCAUGCACCACAUUUCCUUAGCAGCAAGAAAGACACAGUCUCCCCUCCAAUUAAUAUACCUAUCUCAUAGAACUGGAAGGGACCCUUAAAGGUCAUCAAGC